AUGCCUGGUUUUGGGCUCAAUGGCGUGCUACCUGAAGGGAUUACUAACUUGACGAGCUUGGAGGAGCUCGAUCUGCACUCAGUUAAUUUGACUGGAUCAAUCCCACCAACCAUUGGGAUGCUUGUGAAGCUCCAGUGGCUGAGCCUGGAAUUCAAUAAUCUGACAGGGAGCAUCCCGCUGGAGAUUGGAAACAUGACAGAACUAGAGGCCAUAAACUUAUCGUACAACUAUUUGGAAGGGCAACUACCAGAUACCAUAUCUCGUUUGACAAAUCUCCAGUAUUUGCAUCUGGCAAGGAACCAGCUCGGAGGCCACAUCUUCCCUGAGCUUGGGAAUAGCAGCCACUUAGAGGUGAUCAAUAUUGUAAACAACAACUUCUCCGGGGUGUUCCCGCCAUCCGUUUGCAAUGGAGGAACACUAGUUUUGGCCUGGGCUAGAUACAAUGGAUUUACAAGCAUUCGCCAGCAGACCUUCCAAAACUGCACAACCCUGGUGGCCAUUGACUUCGUGGCAAACAACAUUGUUGCAGAUAUAAGGGACUAUUUUGGUGACCUUCCACUUCCAGGGGAGCUUCAGGCGAUAGCUUUCAGUCAAAACCAGCUGUAUGGCACGCUUCUGACAGACCAAGGCGAGGUAUUUAUUUGCAACCAUUCUCGUUUAUACCAUGUAGACCUAUCACACAAUUCUUUACAUGGUGGUCUCUCCAAGUGCUUCUGGGAGAUGCCAGGUUUGACAUUCAUGGAUCUGUCCAGCAACUCUUUCAGCGGUGUAGUUCCAUUUUCGAGGACAUGCCAAGAUACUCUUAAGUAUCUACACCUAGCCAAUAAUCAUUCCGAAGGAGCCUUUCCUUUGGCUCUUAAGAAAUGCAAAAGCCUUACCACUUUAGACCUUGGAGGCAAUAGUUUCUCAGGCAUGGCCGGUAUCGACUUAUCUGGAAACUCUCUAUCAGAGGAGAUCCCAAAUGGGCUCACAACCCUUGUUGGACUCAGGUACCUGAACCUUUCAGGAAAUCACCUAUCAGGUUGUAUUCCAGAAGACAUUGGCAAUCUGGUACUGCUGGAGUCCUUGGACCUUUCUGUGAACCAACUAUGGGGGGAAAUUCCUCCAAGCUUUGCAGAUUUGAAGAGCAUAAGCGCUCUGAACCUCUCGAGCAACAGUCUAUCAGGGAGGAUACCUACGGGCGAUCAGCUGCGGACACUCAUAGAUCCGUCCAUAUACAGUAAUAAUCCUGGGCUAUGCGGGGUUCCGUUGGAAGACUGUAUAAACUCCCCGACACCGACACAAACUGAAAAAAGCCUGGAUGAAGAUAGAGAGGCAUUGUGGCUGUAUUGCUUUGUGGUUGCUGGGUUCAUGUGUGGGUUCUGGCUGUACUGGGGCAUGUUCAUAUUUCGCAGCGAGACAUGGAUAUAUGCAUUCUAUCAGUAUGUGGACAACAUGCAAGCGAAGGCAGCCAAGAAGAUGUACAGCUGCAUGUCCCGCUUCCAGGCCAGCGGCUCUGAAUGA